GUCUCUUUAAAUGCCAGCGGCAGCGCUCUCACCGGGGGGAGGCCAGAGCCGGAUCUACAAUCUCUUCUCUCCGUAGCUUCGGAGCUUGUUGCUCGCUGAGCCCGCUUGGAGCUGCUGCUGCUUUUUCUGUCUGUCUUCUGCACCUUGAACCGGCGCUUUCCACCCCCUCAUUCUCCACUCGUGGGACCAGAGGGCUCAAAGGAGGCAAGAGGAAAGGAGGAAGAGGGGAGAAGAGGAAAAGGGAGGCGGUAGGCACAGAUACCACCGCUACCCAAGUCCGUAGGUGAUCUACGCCAGCCGCGGGGUGAAGACAUGCUUUGCUCUCCCUUGCCCAUCCCCGCGAUCGGCGCCGGGAGAGAGACUGCGGCUCUGACUCCGGGAAACUUGCCUUAGAAGUCUCGGAUUGUGGCGGGGGCUGCUUCUCUUCGGCCCCUUACCUCUUUCCCCCUCCCCCAAGCCGGCGUGAUGGGCAACCAGGUGGAGAAACUGACCCACCUAAGUUACAAGGAAGUUCCCACAGCCGAUCCCACGGGCUUAGACCGGGACGAUGGUCCCCGAAUUGGAGUUUCUUAUAUAUUUUCCAAUGACGACGAAGAGAUGGAGCAGCAGCAGGGGCCAGGGCAAGACUCGGGGGACUUACAGGAUCUUCCGGAGGAGCAGCUGCAGACACCGCUGCCAGCUCCACAACAGCCUUACGAUCCCCGUCUCUACGAGGUGGAAUGUUCCGUGUACUAUCGGGAUGAGUGCAUCUAUCAAAAGAGCUUCUCCUCCGGGCCGGCUGCACUUAGCACCUACACCCCGGAGAACCUGCUGAACAAGUGCAAGCCAGGAGACCUGGUGGAGUUUGUUUCUCAGGCCCAGUAUCCACACUGGGCAGUGUACGUAGGUGACUUCCAGGUGGUGCAUUUGCACCGACUGGAGGUGAGUAACAGCUUCCUGACAGACGCCAGCCAGGGCCGUAGGGGCAGGGUGGUGAACGAGCUGUACCGCUAUAAGCCCCUCAGCCCCAGCACAGUGGUGCGCAACGCUCUGGCGCAGGUGGGCGCCAAGGAGCGGGAGCUGAGCUGGCGCAACUCGGAGAGCUUCGCCGCCUGGUGCCGCUAUGGCAAGAGGGAGUUCAAGAUUGGCGGGGAGCUGCGGAUCGGCAAGCAGCCCUACCGGCUGCAGAUCCAGCUCUCGGCCCAGCGCAGCCACACGCUGGAGUUUCAGAGCCUGGAGGACCUAAUCAUGGAGAAACGACGAAAUGAUCAGAUUGGGCGCACCGCUGUCCUGCAGGAACUAGCCACCCAUCUGCACCCCGUGGACCCCGAGGAAGGGGAUGGGGAGCCCGCCCGGACUACCAGCGAGCCAGUCGAGCUCCCCGCUUUGCCACCGACUCCUCCCUCACAGCACCACUCGCAGGCUGCACACUGAUGUGGAUUGCAACUGAGAAAUCGAGCUAUUCACAGCUGCCUGCUGCUCUCCUCAUUCCUUUCUCCCCCUUCUCCUCCCCAUCGGGGUUUCCAUCCUUUUUGGAAAGGGGGACAUGCUCAUAGGAGGUUAGGGUGCAGUAAGCCCUUGCUAAAAGCUCAGAAACUUAGAAAGUAGCGAGUAGAAGUCUAAGGACUAGCCAAGAAAGUCAGUCCUUUGUGCAUUUUGGAGGGAGGGGUGGGAGGAAGAUGAUAAUCAAGGGAUUUCGCCUCUUCACUUCCCCUCUCCCCUUCCUUCCCAUCUACUUCAGGAAUUGGUUCGUUAAAGGUUGAGGUGGGUUAUAUGGUGGUGGUCUGGGGUAGACCCAUUCUUGCACUCAUGGAGUAGGAAGAAAGUUAAGGCUUGUGACUACUGAAGCAUUCUUCUCGCCCUCACCUUUUUGGCUCUGAGCACGUUCCUGCCGGUUACUAGGACAAAGGCUAAAUGGGGCUCCUGGAGAGGCAGGCACGAAGGGCUGCAGAUUUCUCUCCCCACCCCCUACCUCUACUCCCCCCAAAUCGCCGUAUGUGGAUUGGGGGAAGAUGGAGUGAUUCAUUUCAUGGGAUUCCUGGGGAGCCAGGCCGGGUGGGUAAGCAGUGGGAAGAUCUGGGAGCUGCAGACCUACACCUAUUUAUGCUAUAAUAAGUGUAACAAAUGAUCCUGUAAACUGCAGGAAAAGAGACAAAGACUAUCCCCGCCCCUCUCCCUUCCUUUCCUCCCUCCCCCGUUCAGUGAGCAGUUACCACAAGUAGUUGGAUGCUGGGAGUGGGGCUCUUAGAAGAUGUCCCUCUUCCUGUUCUCUCUCGGCUCCUCCUUCGUCCCAGGUUACAAGUAAAUCAUUGUCAGGGGCAGGCUUGGGGAAGGAUUCAAUUAAGGUUGGGCUUUGUUUCUCCGGGUGUGCUGUAUGCACUAGAGCUGAGCUAUUUGUUACUAAAAGAAACCAGGAGGCAGAGGGAAUGGUCCUUUGUGUCACUGAUCUAAUUAAACUUGCUCAGCUCUGUUCCUCUGCUGAACAGAGAGGAUGGGAGGGAGACCUGGGUGCUACUUUUCUCAGUAUCGACUACCAAAGCAGCAUUGCUAAUUAAUCAGUCAGGAUUGCUUUUUUCCCUCCUUCAUAUCUAGUAAGGUUAGUCUGCACCACUACCCCCUUAUUUUUUCAUGAUUAAUUUUUAUUAAUUGUUGGCUCUCUGAAUGACUUCUCUUCCCUGCUACUUCCCAUGCACUGAGCUAGUGAAAAUCUUGACUUGAGCUUUAUUUCCAUAAUAAAAUGCUUUUGUUUUGAAAUCAACACUUAAUUAAACCAGUGUUGAAUAUCCUCCCUAGCUCAUAGUGGUCUCCACAUUUCCUCACUGCUUAAGAAAACAAGUUCUUCCAGAAUCAAUCUCAAUCAAUCUCUCCCUCCCUCUCUCUCUCUCUCUCUCUCUCUCUCUCUCUCUCUCUCUCUCUCUCUCUCUCUCUCUCUCUCUCUCUCUUUCUCUCUCUGUCAGUCAGUCAUAAAUAGAACCCUGUGAGUAGUUAAACAGAAAUACUGUUGCUGAUCUCAUAAGGAGCAAAUGGGGUUGUUUAUGGGUUUAGCCCAGCAUCUAUGGUAAACAGACAAUAGACUGAACAGUUAUUUCUCAUAUUUGCUAAUGAGCUACUGCUCGGUUCACGAUGAAGCUUUUUUUUUUUUCCAUUUCACAAACUGCCAAUUGAAAAGCUUGUUCUGUCCCAAAAUGAUUUGUACACUUAAUUUUAGGAUGCAGCUAGCUUGGCUCAGAAGAAUUGGCAUUGCUAAUGCUGCUCUGGAGAAUAUUGCCACAAAGGAUUGGGUUAGGUUUGUUUUUAUUUUUACUGAGAGGGUCUGUAGUGAAUCUAUAGUGCUCAAGCACUCAUCGUGAUCAUCUGACUUACUAUAAAAUUAUUUAAGGGUACAGUAAGCUGUCUUCUCUUGAAUUUGGAGUAAAACCAGAUUCGAUAGCUUGGGCAGGGAAAAGAUAGUAACCCUUUAGCAUCCAUAUUUAUCUUAGUCACAGCCUGGCUUAUAAUUUGUGCAGAAUUCAAAUCUUUUUUAAAAUUUGCUUAUGUCUACUUGUAAAUUUAAUAUUCUGAUGUUAAAGCAUAGUUUUAAAUGUCCAGGCUCCUUAACAGAUGGUUAAGAAAAUAAGUGUUCCUCUUAAGCCAUUGCAUUUAGUGUGACCUUAGGCAAUCACUUUACCUCUCUACACCCAUAUUUUUGCUUCUUGAGUCAAAAGGCAUAAACUAUGAUUUCUGAGGGCCCUGAAGCUCAGAAAUGUAGUGAUUGUAAGCAUUUUUUUUCUAAUUUACCUAAAGUCUGCACAUAUCCACCUUUGUUGCUUUGUGACUGACCACCCCUAGCCUUUGCCUGUCAAGAUCAAAUGUGUAGCUUCUAGGAAGAAAUGACAUAAAAUUCAGCAUCAUUGCAAUGAGAACUUCGGUUGAGAAAGCAAAAUCUAAGUCCUGAGUUAACUACUUUCCUCUCCCUCCCCUUCCCCUUUCUCUCACAGCUUCCUCUACCCAGAAUCAUUUUUGCACAUUGUGAGGUGGGACAAGCUAAGCAUGGAUAUAAACAAAAUUACAAAUAGAGCCAGAGACCUAAUUUUAGCCAGUCGUCUCAGUUGCCUCUCUAGGCCCGCAAACAAGCAGCAAAAUUGACAGAUUUGAGUUAAAUCUCCUUUCCUCUCUUCUGUCUACACUCAAGAGGGAAGUGGCUAAUGAACAGUGACCAAUGGGCAAGAAGAUAUUUUCUGCCAACUUUUGCUGACAGCCUUCCCCCACCCUUUACUGGAAAAGCUCAGGAAGGCCUACAGUGACAUGCAGAGCUGACUAGAGCUGUUGGGAAUUAAAAUGAAGAAACAUUGAAAGAAACAUUGUGAAAGGAAAAUUGAGCUCCAACAGAACAUGUUAUGGGUGGCUUUCUGGAAAAUCAGAGGUUGAUUGGGAGGGAAAUUGAGCUCAUUGGUUAUUCCAGCAGAGAGGAAAAAGACUUAACAUAGAAGCCUUUCCCAGCUUAACAUAAGCAUUCAUGAAAAUAAUAUUAGGUUGCAUUAGCUACGAUAUGUAGAGGCAAAUUUCCAAUGGGAUUUUUUUUUUCCUUUCCAUUUUAAGAAUAUUCAAUAUGGUUUUUGCAGUUGCAUACCUCCUCUUUCCUGCUUGGUUCAAGAGAAGAAAAUCAACUGACAGAUUAACUUUCCUCCAGGUGGCAGUGUUGUGGAUACAAAUAAAUUUUUAUUUAAGCCUCAUAGCAGUGGCCUCACCUGGCACUUUAAAAUUCUAAAUACAUAUUUAAGCAUAUUUUUUGUUCCUUUAUAGGGGAUUAAAAAACCCUUUAGAAAUAUUUUCUACUGUGAAUUGUGGAUGCUCUUUAAAGGAAAAAUGGGUUUGAUUCUAAGGGUUCUUUGGAAGCUUGCAUUGGGAAAGGGGGAGGAUGCCCUAUUGGAACAUGAAGUCAAAGUCAAAUUUAUAUUUUCUUACCUGAGGAAGUAUUUUAUUGAGACCGCUUAUGUAAGAAUGAGUUUUGCUAGAGCCCCAGACGUCAGCUUUACAACUCUUUUGUAGUCAGGACAGAACUUUUUUUUUUCUUUUCCCUGGUAGUAUCACCCACAUUUAACUGAAAUUACUUUUGGUACUCAGGUAGCAAAGAUACAACCUGAGGAGCAUACUUUAUUCUGAACCUAAAAGUGCAAGUUUUCUAGUCUUUAAGAAAGACAUUUAUGUGGUUGAAUUUUUGCUCAUUGGGUGCUUUUGGCUAUUUUCAGCACCAGCUCUUAUAGCAGCCCUGGGGGGAACAGAUAUUUUUGAAAGCAGAACUUUACUUUUAUACAACAAAUGAGAUAUGGAGAACUAAGUACAUGUUAACUGCUUGUUUUCUAACUUUUUUUUAAAGGAAUUCACUGUGUUCAGGAUUGUCACUGUUGUGUGUUUGUCUAACCAGCCACUUUUUACAAAUUGGAGUGUGAUUAUAGUUACUGAUGAAUGGAUUUGGGUUUUGAAAGCCACACCUUUUUUUGUUUGUUUAAAUAAAAAAAUCAGGGUAAUUUCAAACUUGAGUGGUUUGUAUGACUUUUCCAUUACAGUGAACAAAUGUUUCACUAAAUCUACUUGAAAUUUUUUAUUUACUGCUGUAACCCUUCAGAGAAUUUCAUACACCACUUUUUUUUCCCAUUAAUUACGUGAAUUUUUUGUCUUCACUGAAGGCUGUGUUUUCUGUCAUUGUUCUUAUACCACUUCUUGAGAAGGAAGUUCAGAUUUCAGAUUGUAUCAUUUCCUUCAAAAUGAAGGGCAGGGCAUAGUCAAAAUAAAGAUUUGAGAUUUUUUUCAACUAUUUCUUUGCUGUAAUUUAUUUUUUAAAUUGUCAGGUCCUUUUUGAAGGAUCAGUAUGGGACAAUAAUAAACUUAUUGAUGAGGUAA